UGCUGCCCCAGCUCUGCGCAGAGAGCUGACACAGCAGACCCCGAGAGAACCCCCAAUGACCACAGACUCUAGUUAGGUACGAAGGCACGUCGGCCAGGUUUAUUGUCUUUAGAGAUACACAGUCUCCAGCUCCCGGGCAAACGAAGUCCAAGGUGCUGCUAAGGUACGGCUAGCCAGUACAUAUGUUCUCCCUUGACAAUGGGCUCAGCUCAGUCAGUGGCGGGACUUUCCACUGCCCCCUAGGCCGGACAAAGAUAUUCACUCAAGGAUGCAUUCUUAUACACAGAUACAAACAAGUUACACAUCACUCCUGACGUAGUAAGGUACAACCCCUCUACGUAGUAAGGUACAACCCCUCCACGUAGUAAGGUGCCGCCUCUCACCUUGUACAUGUUGGUUCGAACAAAACAACUCUAUCCAUUAUAUUCCCCUUUUGGCCCUGUCAUUGGGAUGGGUCAGCUUGUUCCUGGUUAUGUGUGGAAGGUACAAGUAUUGGAGUGUUCUGAUAUCUAGUGUUUAGUACCUUUUAGGUAUGUCUCUUCUUGCAGCAUCAGCCCUUUCCUUGCCAGCUUGUGUGAGCAGGGCCUUCCUCUGGCUCACAGCUUAACUUUGCUUUAUGUUAGCAAAGUCUUGACCAUUACUUUAGUUCAGGCUUUAGGCCUCAUACCGGGCCUCUGAUACCAAGGUUUAUAUCUUAGGGCCUCUUCUUACUACAGGGGGGGAACCAGGGGCCAUAACCAUAUGGGUGUAGUUUGGGGGGGCAACGCCAUCCCUUCUGCCCUCCAAACUAUGCCCAUGUUAAAAAGUGGGGUGCAUGGCCCCCUCCCCCCGGUUCCAGUGCUGGUGGCUCUCCACUUCUACAAAGGUUCUGGCGCCCUUGGCUAAGGCUGCAUGGUCCUGCCGUGGAUGAGGGGAUCUGAACCUGUCCAUGGAUGAGGGGAUCUGAACCCAGCUUCCAGAGGGUCUGUGGGACUCAUGGUCUAAGCCGGUCACUUGGGAACAUAGGAGCUGCCAGAUGGGAUCAAACCAGGCUGCCUGGUGGACCUUGUGUGGGAAAAGGAGAGUCAAAUUCAGAUGGGGACUCAGCACUCCUCUUGUUUAUUUGUGGUGAGCAACAGAGCACCUGAAACCCCUGCAGCUUAGCUGGGCACUGCCAGACUCUGAGCCCGGAACGAAAAUCCAGCCAUAGGAAAGGAGAAGUAAGGGGAAGCUCGUCUUUUACUCCUUCUGUUCACGGGAGGAUGCCACGGAUCUACCCGGCCUCACCCAAGAAAAGGCAAAACAUAGCCUGUGUGGAAGAUCUGAUUGCGUAUCAGUGCUGGGUGGCUGCACCGGCCCCUCCCUGCAGGUGUUCGGCACAGUGUCUGCACUGCCAAAGCGCUAUUGUAAAGAAAACGAAUUCAUCGCCCAGAACAUAUGUGACCAAGACCAACAGUGGAGAGUUCAACAGAAACCAUCGACAUCUACAAUUUGUUCCUCAGAAAGAACAAUCAACAACAGAGCAAACGCUACAGCUGGCGGAUGCAAAACAAGAAAAGGAAGACUCAAGGGUUCUAGACCGACCACAGCCAGCUGUUGUAACUACUGGACAGCCAGAUGACCACGUAGUUACGGGUUUGGGUCGUGUAAUUAGAAAACCAGUGUGAUUCAGAGACACUUAACAGACUGAUUGGCACUGAAGUUCAAAGACAGCAUGAUCGUCUAUUUAGUGUAAACGCGCUGCGGGAAGAUUUCCGGCUGCAGCCCAGCAACCUGCUGGUGACGGUGGGGGAGCAGGUGCUGUUAGAGUGUGCACCCCCGAGGGGGCAUCCCGAGCCCACCAUCUCCUGGAAGAAGGACGGGGUCCCCAUAAGCCAGAAGGCUGGCCAUUAUGAGGUCUCCAGCGGGAAGCUCCUGAUGGUGCACGCCCAGAGGAGUGAUGCGGGGAUGUAUGUGUGUGUGGCUUCCAACCAGGCAGGCCAACGAGAGAGCAAAGCUGCCCUGGUGUCUGUCCUGGAAAAGCCAACGUUCACUCGCAGACCCAGUGAUAUUGUGGCCAAAUUUGGCAGCACCGUCCAGCUGGGGUGUGGUGUUGAGGGGGACCCACUGCCCAAAGUAUGGUGGCACAAGGAGCACGGAGAGCUGCCCUGGGGCAGGCACGAGGUGGACGAGGAGAACACCUUGCGGAUUCAUUAUGUGACGACGUUUGACUCCGGCAGGUACAUCUGCACGGCCCAGAACCAGGUGGGCACCGCCUCGGCCAAGGCCUCGCUCACUGUGCAGGACCCCCUGGACACUGGCCAGAGGGAGUGGCCGAAGGACGUCCCGCGGGAGAUGAUGGACGUCCAGCUGUACCUGGACAACAGCACCGCGCUCCCCUCCUCACCCGCCGUCUACCUGCACUGGAAGGUGAUCCGUCCGUCCCAGCACACUGAGGGUCAUGCUGUGCUGUACCGCUCCCUGCUGCCGGUCAGCACGGACUGGGUUGAAUGGAAGGUGCCCAGGGAGCACGGCAUCAUCAUCCCAGCCCUCAAGAGAGGCUACAAGUAUGAGUUCAAGGUUCGGCCCUAUGCCGGGAAGGUCCAUGGCCCGGACAGCAACGUCAGGCACCUCUGGAUCCCGGAGGAAGUGCCUAGCGCAGCUCCUCAGCAUGUCACCAUCACGACAGUGGAGGAUGGGAAUGGCACAGCGCUCAUCAGCUGGGACCCCCCUCCCCACCACGCACACAACGGCAUCAUCCGGGGCUACAAGGUCUGGUACCUGGGCAAUGAAACUCACCAUCGCUCUAACAGGACCGUGGAUGGAGGGACACACAGUCUGGAAACAGUCUUGCUGCCGGCUGGGGUUAAAUACUGUAUCCAGGUGGCAGCCUUCAAUGGAGCUGGGCUCGGGGUGCCCAGCAAUGCCACAUGCAGCAGCGUAGAGCCUUUGGUGGGACAGACGGCCAGGACCCCGGCGGUGCUCUCCGUCAGCCACAUCCUGGCAGUGAUUCGCCAGCCUGUCUUCAUCGCUAGUGUGGGCUCGCUGCUCUGGCUCGUGCUGAUGGUGCUGGCUGUCUACCUGUGCCAGCACCACGCCAGGCAUUACAGCCGAGAACAGCAGCAUGCCCUGGGCAAAGGUCUGUGCCGAUACUCCAGUGAAGACACCAUCGUCAAGCACGCGAUGGACGUGAGUGACUCCCCGUGGCUGGCUGACAGAUGGAAAGCCACCUCCUGCUCCAAGACCUUCAGCAGCAGCAACAGCAGCAGGUCGAGCAGCCAGCUCCUGUGGGCAGAGACCAAAGACAGCCUGGACUUCCACCACUCCACCGUGUCCUUUGACAGGCCGAGCCAGAGCUCCCAGAUCCCGGCCGUCCCACGGGGGCCCGACAGCAGCAGCCUGUACAGGGUGCUCUAUGUCGACCUUCCUGCCAAGGACAUGCAAACCUUCCACCGCCCCCCGCUGCCCAGCACCCCUGGCCCUCACCGCAGAGCCGCGGAGCCCGGGGGACCCACCGACCCCAGGCUCGGGCCCCGUUACAGGCAGAGCCUCGGCAUGGAGAGCAGCUGUGCGAGGGGAGCCGAAAAGAGAGGGCUGUGGAAGCCAGCGGGCCCCGGGCCCCCCAGCCUCACCCUGCAGGGACCCUCGGAGAGCAGCAGCAAGAGAGAGCUGCAGCAGGCGCACAGCACCCCUGUGCUGUCACCCAGCCUCCCGGCAUACUCCACCAGCCCUAGCAGAGCGCCCAGCACCAGCAGCUCAGGAAAGCGUCACGCAGGCAAAGGAGAGGAAACCAAAGUGCUGAAAACCUUCAGCUCCCCCAAGCUGCUGCAGUCCAGAGGCUCACUGCACGGAACUGGCACAUUGCCCCCCCCUCCAGCUCCUCCCACUCCGCACGGCCCCCAGGGCCAGGGCAUGCAGCCAGAGAGCAGAGACGGAGGGGAGGCAGCCAGGCCUUUCCCAGCUGGAGAAUUGCAGCCGAGCACAGAGAACGCCCUUCGGAGUGUGCUGCCCUCACCCUCGCUGCCCUACCGCGCUGCCUCUCCUGCACCCUCGCUCGGCGACGACGGGGAGGCCGUGCUGACGCCGGACCAGGUGGCCGCAUACCUGGAGCUCAGCGCGGAGGCCGAGUGCCAGAGGCAUCGGCAGGAGAGCGCCUUCUCCCCCCCGCACACCUACGGGUACAUCUGCGGCCCGCUGCGCUCCGAGCUGGGGGCGGGGCCUGCCCCCGAAGAGGACGACGACCCCGACGCGGAGGGGGGCGGCUGUCAGUCCAUGCCCUUCUUGCGCCGGUACUGCCGGACGCCCUCGUCCAGCCACAGUGAGGCGGAGGGCUCGCUGGGUGGCUCCCUGCUCAACGGCUGGGGCUCGGUCUCCGAGGAGAACUUCACCAGCACACGCUGCAGCCUGGUCAGCUCCUCCGAUGGCUCCUUCCUCGUGGACGCCAACUUCGCGCAGGCCCUGGCCGUGGCCGUGGACAGCUUCUGCUUUGGGCUGAGCCCGAGCGAGGCCGAGCAGGCCUACCCAGACUUCUCGCCGCCCGCUUCCCCGCUGGAUGGGCUCCUUCCCCGUCCCGAGCGCUGGGAGGGCGUGGCGUGGGCUGGAGCGGAGCCCCUUCCCCUUCCCACCUGGGAGUGGAGCACCGGCUGGCUGGAGGACAUGGAGGCCAAGUACUCCCAGAGGCCCGAGGGGACACCUGCUGCUGAGAAGCCGGAGGGGAAGGCAGCACUGAACGGGACCCGGCCCCUCGCUGGGCCAAACGGUGCCUGCAUGGCGGAAUCCAGCAGCCCCACUGCGGGGACGAUGGGGGAGUGCCAGCCCCCCUGCCCUGCUGCCCACAGUCCCAUGCCAAACAGCUCUGCCAUUCCCAGGAGGGGCGAGAAGACCAGGGUCGUGCUGCAGCCGCUGGACGCGGGGGCGACAGGAGUCCAGGCGUAGAAAGCCGAGCACGUUCUGUGCCAGGCAGGCGCAACGUCUGUAAUGCCCAAAGCCCAGAGAGACUCUCGGGGCACCGUGGGCCUGGGGGCGAGCGCUUGGCUACUACCGUGCCCACCCCCAGUGCCUGCUAGACACGUCUGGCCCCUGGUCAUUGGCAACAGAAUCCCUGAAGAAAGGCUUUUGACGCUUCCCCCAACGUGGGCUGCGAUCCCAUGGGGGAGGGAUUCCCCAGGCUGCCCCACACGCUGAGGGGGAGCAUUCAGCAUGAGAGACGGGAAGGGCCAGGCAGGUGGGGCAGCGCAGAGACCCUGCCGAACUCUACACCAGCCGCGUGCAGGAGAGGAGCCCCACGCAACAUGGCCUGGCCACGGGGCUUGGCGCAGGCGUCUCUAGCCAGCAAACAUUGCCUCCUUUUCUCUUGAGUGCCCGGUCCCUGGCAGGACUCCACCCACUGCCCCACUCACAGGCUGGCGCUCCAUGUGGGGCCCAAGCCCGGAUUCCUGCUAUUGGCUUCAGGGUCGAUCUCUGCUCUGUGACGCUGUCUGGGGCACCCGCCAUCGUGGGCUUUUCCCGGUUCAUACGGGAAACCCUCGGGUUUGGAGGCCCCUGCAGCUGCUGUCAGUUGCCAGAAGCCUGCAUUUGCUGCCCAGGUUGGAGCUGGGAGCCCGACGGCCCUGCCCACCCAGCUGGGUUCACCACACUCGAAGCUGGGGGUUGUUUGGCAAUUGCCUGUUCCGGUUUAGUCAGCUCUGCAGGGGCGCUAGCCUGGGGGCGUUUAAUAUUUCCUUUCAUGGCUGUUGUGAGACGUUUUCCUAACCUGCCUGAUUUCCCAGUGCUGUGGCCUUAUUCCUGUAAAUAAAGAGAGCUUUUCCAGCGA